UGUGUUUGUGGCUUUACUAAAGAAGAAUGUAUCAAUGUAGACCAAGUCCAGAAGUGUUAUUCCAAAUUUAGUAUAGCCAUGCUUAACGAAGCGAAUAACUUUACAGAAGUUUGCUUGUCGGCUAAGGUCUAUAUCACCUGUGUGGAACAUGCCGCAUGCGAGUGCAACCGUACCACCGACUCAACCGUUGGAACCGCCCUGACCUACACUCACGGACUGUACGCAUCCAGGGACUGUCAGUCAGCUGUUGGACCGUUACCAGUCACACAAGGCGUGACAUGUUAUGAUAACGCCACCAACACAACAGUAAAAGGCGAGAUCGUCGCUUUGGCGGUAGCAGACUCGGCUCUAGUGGCAGGGUUAGAGCGAAUAUGUUCUGGAUUCCGCGAUUGCUACGUGACCUAUGACGAAAAGGCCGCCCAGGCAUUACAUCACAGAGACCUCAGCAGUUUGUGCAGUGUUUUAGAGGAGACCAUACAAUGUUUUCAAACAGCGGCCUGUGCAUGCGGUAAGACGUCUCACUCCGAGAUCGUUUCUGAUCUAGCGUACAACAGAAAUGUCUACAUGUCCACAUGCGGAAUAAUCCGAGACAUCAAUGGUUUACAAAGGAUCACGUGUGACACAAAUCAAAACGGAACCUGGACGAACCCUAGUUCCUGCCACGACCAUAACCCACUGUACGGAUGUUUCAAUAAAUUUCAGUGGGACCUGACAACAGCGAAAACACAGGCUGACCACCGAUGCAAGGCGUACAUGUAUUACAUGGAUUGUGUGGAGGAUCUGGCUUGUCGCUGUGGUUUGAUCAGAGACGUCACCGUGUACAGAUCACUCGCCAACUUCGCGUCACAAUACUCCAAGGAACAGUGUGAUACACUUUUUCAAAAGCUGCAGCCUAUGCCGGGUAUCCAGUGUCAAGAUGGCGGCGGAACACGUGGCGAGGAAGAUCGACUUGUUCUAGCACUAGCUGAAGCACCAUCCGUUACGUCUGAGAAUAAGAAAUGUCCUGGCUUACACUCGUGUUAUUCAGCGCUAGACGAACAGCUCGGAAAGGCACUUUUCCAAAAAAACCUUCCAAAAAUGUGUUUGGCACAGAAGUCGUACGUUGAAUGUUUAGAGCACGUGUUCUGUACGUGUGGAACGUUCCAUACCCUGAACGUUACAGAGUUUCUUCAUUUCCAGCGACAAACACACCAAAGAAUUUGCGCUGAGGAUGCACCAAUCCGAGCUAUGUAUACGUGCAACGUUUCCAGUUCAUCGGCCAAGUUCAACAGACUGCCAGCAAGUUUUCUCCUCAGUGUUGUUUGGGCGUUUGUGUUUAUACUGAAAGAUCGGAGACUGUGAAAUAAUAGAUCUGUGAUGAAUACCUGUAGAUAAAUACGUGCUAGUCCAACCUUUAAACCUAUAGUCUGUCCCAUCUUCCUACAAAUAUGUUGUUAUUUAAAAAAAAAAAAGAUCAGUUUUGUUUGACAUAAGAAAAGUAGAAGUGUUUUGGAAAGGAUCCUCCCCCCCCCUCCCCCCAAAAAAAACAACAAAAACCAACAAAAAAACCCACCUCACCCCCAAAAACAACCUAUUUUUGUGUCCAAAUUAGAAAACAUUCGGCUCAGAAAUAAUUUCAUAGCAUGAAAAGAGGUGUUCCCUGUGGGACGGACUGUAGAUCUACCUAGUUAUUUUGAUUAAAACUGCCAUCUCAUAAAUUUGUCAUACAACAUCGUGUACUGAUGGAAAAUAACUACACUUUUAAUAAACUCAUGUUUUCUCAGUCAACUGCAUACAAACCAUCGUCAAACAUUUUCAACAUAUUGUACAAUAAAAGAAACAGAAGCAUCCGCUCGCUUUUCGUCCAUAGGUGACAUUGUCAAAUGGUAGGGGGCCUACGUAUUACAUGUGACUUAGAUUGAAAACAGCAGCCAUCAUAAAUCAAAGACUGGCGCGUCAUAUGAAAGAAAGUGUCACGGGGAUUCUAUAAUUCCCGUAACUGAAUAAAAGACGA